AUGUCUGGAGAGCCCUCAACCACUGCCGUGAGACACGUCGACGCGGAGGGCCUGAAACGCGUAUUGGGUGACAACCGCCUCGUAGUGAUAAAUUUUUGUGCGCCAUGGUGCGGACCCUGUCGUCUGCUGGCGCCCAAAGUGGAGCAACUAGCCAAGCAACAUCAAGACAUAAUCUUUGUUAAGGUGGAUAUUGACGAGUGCGAGGAGGUCUCGGCCCAGUACAACGUCUCCGCUCUGCCCACACUCAUAGCCGUGCGAAAUGGACACAUCGUUGGACGCGUGGUUGGAGCCAGCGAGGCGGAUCUGCAGCAAAUGGUCAAUGCUAAUCGCGACCAAUGUUAA